GAGGCACGAAAUGGCACAACUUGUACAAGUGUCACAAGUGCCACAAAUGGCAGAAAUGGAUAUGCUCUAUAGUAUGGGCCCUGCUGCCAGUGUCCCAACUGUUCAUUUUGUUUUAAUGAUCUUUUUGCAGUUAUUUAUGCGAGUUGGGCACCACAGCCAUAAGUUGGGUGCAGCAGCCAUAGGGAAUUGUUCAAACCCAUGCCGUAUCACAAUGGAAGUCCUCAAACUUUGGAGAGUCACCAGUCCUUCUGGACUCCACCGUGUGCCCGUUCCCAAAGCGAUGUCCUUUUUGUCUUUCAAUGGCAACAGUUUGAGCAAACUUCAGGAGGGCUCACUUUCACGUACGCAUCGGGACUUGUCAAGUAAUGCAAUCCAGACCAUUGAGAUGAAUUCACGUGAAGCUGUCCCGUUUGUGCAGCUUAUAGACCUCAGCGGCAAUCUUAUUGAGAAGCUCACUCCUGGGGCAUUCGAGGCCCGGCAUGGAAUGCAGUUUUUGCUCAAGAUGGUUCUCAACCAUCAUCCGCUGAAAGUCAUUGAUGAUGCCAGUUUUUACAGGCUUCCCUCACUGAAGCUUCUAAACCUUAGUUCUACAGAAAUGACCCCAAAGAUAUUAGAGGACCUGCUCCAGACCUCCCAGCAAUUGAAGACUCUCAUCUUGCCUAACAAGAUAUUCUGCUGUCUUUGCCGUAUGAAGGAUGACAUUGAAGUUUUGUCUGAUACGAUUAAGUUGGACUGCACCGACACAUGUACCACAAACGAAACUCUCUGCGCAUAG